AUGAUCGCGACGCUGGCACCCUACCUGUUGGCCUUGCCUCUUGUGGCUGCGACCCCAUCUCCCAAAUCAUUGUCUAGCUCGUUUUCACUUCUAUACCAAAACGAUUUGAACUGGACUAGCGCCACCGAACACGCAGGUGCCAUUCUUCUCGAACCACGUAGUGGUCAAGCCGCUGUCCAGUCUUGUGCUGCUCUGAGCGAAUCUCUGCUCUCUGCAAACGGGCUUCAUUUCUUUUCAGAUAUAGCAUCACUUCUGGCGUACCUUUCAUUUCAAGGACGAUACCCGGCUGAGCAAGAAUAUUGGAUCGCGCCCGCGUCCGCCAACACGUGUACAACGAUUACGGGAGGUGCCAAAGUGAAGAACUCCUCAUGUCAGAGAGUGUUGCCCGUCUUGUGCUCUCAAAGCGCACCGUAUCGCGUUGCCAGUCUACAAGAUCAAGAUCCUCGAUGGAGAUUAUCAGUUGGCGCGGAAGAUCUGACGGUCACAGGAUAUCGGGAUCAUUUGUCUUUCCGGUUUCUUGGAAUUCCAUAUGCAAAUACCCCCAAGCGAUUCACCUAUUCCACCUUGUAUAACGGCACUCAGAAGUCUCUCAACGCUACAGACUACGGAUCUCGAUGCGUUCAAAUCGGAACCCCCGGCAGUGAGGAUUGCCUCUUUCUCAAUAUUUUUACUCCAUUCAUACCCGGACCGGAGACGGGUGCUGCUUCCUUGAAGCCUGUCAUGUUUUUCAUACACGGUGGAGCGUUUGUCGGUGGUAGCGGGAACGACGCCAUAUAUGACGGCGGUAAUCUGGCUUCCAGAGGAGACGUCGUUGUCGUGAACAUCAAUUAUCGUCUGUCAUCCCUCGGGUUCCUGGCUCUCUCUGAUGGUGUCACCAACGGCAACUUCGGUAUCGGCGAUAUAACUGUUGCCCUCUCUUGGGUCCAAAAGUACAUAUCCGCGUUUGGAGGCGAUCCAACUCGUAUCACCAUCGUCGGUCAGUCAUCCGGGGCCGCUGCGACCCGAGCUCUGCUGGCUAGUCCGAAGGCGAUCAACAAAUUCUCUGCUGCUAUUCCCAUGAGCAACCUGGCUGGGGAGAACUAUGCCACCAGCUACUCGGUCUACUACACCAUCGCGGAGCUGCAACCCAUAGUUAUUGAUCCGUUAUUGGUUGCAACCGGGUGUAACAUGACGGACUCCGCCGCGGUGCUGUCUUGCCUUCGCUCUGUUGAUCCCAACACACUGGUCGACUUACCCACCGCUGCGUCAUUUAUUGUUGUCGACGGUACAUACGUCACGUCCAAGCAGCUUCCGGUAGACGGCUCUAGUCCUGUCGCAUAUGUGCCUAUUGUCACGGGGAUCAUGCGUGAUGACGGCUCAGCCUUUACUGGCUAUCCUCGAACCGCAAACGUCACGCGUGAAAUCGCUGCUGUUCUGUCGAGUCCUUCUGCGCCGGAGGUUCAAUCGUCUGGACUCUUCCCUGUCCCAUCCGGAGCAAACGCAACGCUCGAUAUCUUCAACGUCACCGCUCGUCUAAGCACGGACAUCGGAUUUCGUUGUCUGGAUCAAGCCCAUGCUAUUUCGGCUUCGGAUCAUAACGUCUUUCCAAAUAUAUGGUUCUAUCAGUUCGAUCGGUCUUACCAAACACCUGCAUUCAACCCGAAUCCCCCAGUAUGUGAUGCCCCGAUCACAUCAACCCACCCCCACGGCGACCCAUCUCAGGAAUACUUUAAGUGCCAUACGGGCGAGCUUCACUUUGUUUGGGGAACGCUGGGCCAAUACCAACUUCCUUUCCGCGAUGCAAACGAUCUGUCAUUUUCGCAGCUCGUCGCCGAUAGCUGGACCGCCUUCGCGCACAACCACGACCCUAACCCCUUAUCUGCAUACUUGAGCGUGCGCGGGUAUAUGAACACGCUUGAUGUCGUGGAGAAUACUGAUAGGUGGGAGCCUCUCACGAAACGGCAUGACAGAGCUUUAAGGAUAAUGAAUUUGCCGCCACGGAUGACUACCUUCCAAGAAGAGUCUCAAUGCAAGUUCCUCGGGUUACCGUCUGACUACUAUGAUUAG